AUGCCGGAAAGCAGCCUGCCGUGGAAGUCUGAAUGCGCAUGCUUUACUGUUACCAUAGCAAUUAGGACGCCAAAACAGGGACGUUUUAGGGGAGAACGCCAGUGGGAGAACAUCAUGAAAAAAGGUGGCAAGGUCAAUAAGGCUGAGAAGGCAAAAGCCUUGAAGGAAGAGCAGAAGCGGAGAGAGAAGGAAGAGGAGGAGUUGCGUCUUCAGAGGGAGCAGGAGGAGCGGGAGAGAUUGGAGAGGGAGAGGAAGAGGCAGGAGAAGCAGGAGUGGCUGGAGAAGAAGGACAGAGAGCGCAGAGGAGAUGAAUUGAGUGAACUGAGCCAAAUGCUGGAGGGUAACUACUUUGCAGUGACUAAAUGGCAAGCAGAGACCAAAGAGAAGGCAAAGUGGGAGCGCUACAUGAGUUGCAAUGGGAGUCCAAACCCUUCUAUACCGCAGGAGGUCAAUGCUUUCAUCAAUUUGUGGAGAGAAGAUCCUGAGGUCCAGAUUAGUCCAGUUAUGAAAGACAUUGCACAGGCUCUACGGCUCAUAGAGGAGUUAGAGUGUGUGCUGAAUGACAGAGGGGACUCUGAACAAGAUGAGAAAGAUGCACAGCAAGACAAAGAAACCCUUCUGUCUCUACAGAAUCUAGUUCAUUCUAAACUCAAUCUGGCCUCGGAGGAGAUACUGAAGUGGUCGCACACUAAUGCAGACAUGGAGACUGGGAACAUGAAAAAAGUAAUCCGGGACAGUAACAUCACUCUGUGUCUCUGGUCCAACCUCAGCAAGAAUGCAAGGUUGAAAGAGAUCCGUUUCGAGGACGUGGGCGUGGCGUUUGAAUUGCCCAAGCAGCUGGCAGUGAGUGACAUCGCCGUGCGCAUCCUGCACACUCGCUACGACCACCUGUCGCCCCUGAGUCGUGAGGUGCAGAGAAAGGAGGCUGCCGCCUUGGCGGAGGAGGCGCUCUUGGUGGCUGAACUGGAACAAGUGGAGCAGGGGGAGGAGGAGGGCACGGAGAACGGCGAGGCAGAUGCACAGUCGGUCAAGUCGAACGGCAGAAAGAGCUCUAUGAGUGUGGCUUCAGUGAAAGACAGGAGGAGCACAGUUUCACAGGAGCCCACUCUAGAUGAAGGAGAGAACAGAACUGAGACCCCAGCAGAGGAAUUAGCUACAGCAGUUGAAGAAGCCCCUGUCAACAUUUCCCCGGAACCUGUGGCUAAUACCCCGGAGGUGGACUUUGUUGACUUGUACCAGUACAUGCCUCUUGGUGGAGUAUUUUAUUUUGAAGCUUUCCAUCUACCGCCCCAGUCUCACUUGAUAAAGGGCUGGGAAAUGAGAAAGAUUCUGGAUGUUGGACUUCAGGCUUUUCCUUACCCACCAGAUCAGGCCCAGAUCCAAAGUUCCAUCACCAAGAAGGAAGAACCUUCCAGUUCUCCUCCAGUUGGGAUCACUAUGACUCUGCCUGAUUCUGUAAUCUUCUUGGAGGACCCCAUGAUUGCAUGCUGGGAUCCUACAGCUCUGCAGUGGAGGAGAGAUGGUGCCUAUGAGAUCACUUAUGAUGCGCCCACCAGGACAAUUUCAUUCAAGAUGGAUUCCUUCCGGACCUUCACAUUCCUGCAGGACUCCUACGCGAAUGUGCCCUUCCAGUCCUGGGAGUUGCGGCCACUGGGAGUGAACUAUGCCCUGCUGACUAUCAUUGCAGGCCUUACUGAAGUCAGCAUCACAAUCAAGGACAACAAGUGCAUGUUAACCACUGACCCAAGAAGUGAACUGAGCCACGUGUCAGGAAAGUGGAUGAGUGUCUCUUCUUUUCAAAAAGCGCUGACAAGCUCAGGUAUAAAUAUAUUUGUGAACGAACACUCGUCCAAAUACGUCAGCAUUACCGCCAAGGACCCACUGACAGAACAAACGGCAUAUGAACAGAUGGCACUGAUGGCCUCCACAACUGCCUUCUCCUGGAGCCGCUGGAAUUCACAUUGUGGACAGGAGCACAUAGUACUUCAGGCAUGUCAGCACCUGGAGGAGGGGCCUGUGCCAGAAGAGGCGUGGUCUUUGUUCUUAAUGGGCGCUCAGAGGAGCCAGUGCCUGGAGAUAAAGGAGUGGAGUGACAGUUUCUCGCCAGAGCUGGCCGAUGACACCGAGUUCCACUCCACCUUCCUGCACAUGCUCAAAGAGAGCAUGACUCUGGCCGGGUGGCGGCGGGUGCAGGAGUCGCAUUAUCUCUUCACCGACUGCGUUCACAGCCUGCUGUGUGCCACGCGUGUGCUCACCUACUCAUGACCGUAGGCCUUUUAGCAGUAUUACAUGCUUUAUUGUGCAAAUCCCUCUCUCCCGUCAUGGAACGUACAGAAGUGCAUAAACUCAUAAUGUAGAACACAGCAAAGAACUUAAGGAGAAAAUUGUGUCUCAUAACAAAUCACAAACAAUAA